AUGAACAUCAACGGGUGGGAGGGGAUGCUGUUCAUCGGCCUCAGCGCGGCCAUCAGCGUGCACGUGUCCAACGAGCUCGGGUCCGGGCGGCCCCGUGCGAGCAUGUACGCGGUGAUGGUGGUGCUGGCCCAGUCGCUGGCGUUCGGGCUGCUGGCCAUGGUGCUCGUGCUGGCGACGCGGGAGCAGUUCCCGGUCAUCUUCACCGGCGACAGGCACCUGCAGAAGGCCGUGUCCAGCAUCGCCUACCUGGUGGCCGUCACCAUGGUGCUCAACAGCGUCCAGCCCGUCAUCUCGGGCGUCGCCGUGGGCGGCGGCUGGCAGGCCGUCGUCGCCUACAUCAACCUCGGCUGCUACUACGCCUUCGGCCUCCCGCUCGGCUUCAUCUUCGGCUACCUCUUCAGAUUCGGGGUCAAGGGCAUCUGGGCGGGCAUGCUUUGCGGGACAGCGUUGCAGACAGCCAUCCUCGGCUACAUAGUCUGGACGACCGACUGGAAAGCAGAGGCGUCGCUGGCGUUGGAGAGAGUCAGAAUAUGGGGCGGCCACGGCCACCAUGAAAAGCUUCCUAGCUCUGAUUCUGAACAGGACGACGCGGUUAUCUGA